AUGAACCACUUCCCUCACGGCUGGGGCAGAGUAAGCUCCGUCUCUUGCCAUCCACCUGCCACUCUCAUGCUGACUGCAUGCCUANNGCCCAGAGAUGAUGUUUACGGCGCUUACGACUACUCGCACUUUGGCACUCAAGAUCACUCGGGCCCCAUCCAACAUACUCAGUCGCCCAUCGUCACCGGUACCUCGGUCAUCGGUCUCAAGUACAAGGACGGCGUUGUCAUCGCCGCCGACAACCUAGGUUAG